AUGGCUUCUUACGAAGACGAAUUCCGUCCAGUAUCUCCGCCGCAGGCCUCUCUGGAGGUCUCCAACCUGGAUAUUCGAAGUACCUGGAGCGGCAGCCUAGAUGAGCCCGUCAACUGCAGAAUCUCUAUGGUGGCCCAUUGCAUCCCCAACACGCAGCUGUCCAUCUUGAAUGUCAGAUCUACCGGGGUUUCUAUCGUCAAUACACAGUUGGUUCGGCUUCAGCCUGACCAGUAUAGUGAUGGUACUUGGUCAAGCUCGAGCUCCCCUUCCAGUCCUUUGUUCGCCUUUUCUUCUACAACAACAGACUCUUACCCAGCACAUUCUCCAAUAUCUGGUCCAGAGCUUUCUGAGGGACAUGUUCGCGCAAAUAUCGAGAAUUCGGCUCGAGAUUUAGUAUCCUCAGUUGAUGGGACUGCUGGUGAUCACUCUGAUUGCCAUAUAGGAACCGAUCAGCUGGGUCAGCCUUCGGCUCAUACGUCAUCUGUAUCCGAUAUUAGCGAUGAGUAUACUAGGAUUAUUGAUGCUAUCAAGCAGCAUAAUCUGGGGAAAAGAAGUGCUGCUGCCGCAGGCCUGACGGACUCUCCGCCGGGCUCGGAUACGGAGGAUCAUAGUAGGAAAGCUACGCGGAAGGAUCAUAUUACCAACAUCAGUCCUGCAAAACCGGAACAUAAAAGGGAAAUACUUGAGGGCUGGGCAGACCACGAUAGACACCCAGUUUCCGUUGCGAAGGAAAGGCACAAUGAUCCGCCCAGCGGGGCCCAAAGUGACCAUAUAACACAAGAUAUUUCUUCCAGCAGUAUGCACCAUAAGGGUAUAGCCAGUGCUUUUGAGGUCAAGGGAAUAGCAAGUGAUAUGCAGCUCGAAGCCAGUGAUGCCUGUGCUACUCUCGACUCAUCACCAGCGCACCCAGACACGGCCGAAGGACCAGAUCGUAGACUUAAACGGCCAGUGAUGGAGCGGUCCAGCUUCGGUGAAGUCAAUGCAGACUUCUCUUCAAUUGAUAAAAUUACAUGGUUACCUGAGCCUUCACAUGAAGGUACCGUAAAAGCAUCCGGCAAAGUGCGCAAAGGCCCCUCCAGGAAACGUUCAAAUGCGGGCUCAUCACUGUCCGUUCCAGCUGUGAAAGAAGCGCCACUAUCCAUUUCCAGCCCCAGGGAGGCAUUUAUGGUAGCUGAUAGCGAACCGAAGGAAAUUACAGAGCCUCGACUACUUCCAAAGCUCACCAUACCGCAACCUUCUCAUGAAAAGACUACGGACGAAAAGGGAACCUCCACACAAAUCGAUGACGAGUCACGCUCGAAUGUACACUGCGAACCAGUUUUGACUAUUGACAGUGGUACUUUAAUAGUCAAGAAUCCUUCCAAACUUCAGCCAGGACACUACAAGUUCAUUGUUACUGUAUCCGUGUCCCUGCGGCAAAGAAAGCAGAGCGGAUGGAAUGAUUUAGUAAUCCAAGGCCUACCUAAGUUGGUAACUGGCGAGUUUGGGUACCUUCUCUUUCUCAUGCCAGAGGAACAUGGUCUCGAGUUCCGCACCACGAACUUACAGAGACAUAAGGUCGUGGAAAAUUGCUUCCUGGGUGAGUUCAGCUAUGCGGGUGACCUUGUGAUCCCGUUGCGAAGGUGUGACCGGACAUUUUACGGAGUUGUCAAGGACUUUACGGUGCACCAGGAGAUCAGAGCCGAAUAUGCAGUGGCCUCUGCCAAAGCUGAGAGUCCGCCAGAAUUGCAGGCAACAUACCACGCCGUCUGCUCUGUCAGACUGCACAACCGUUGCUUUUGGGCCGAAACAUGCUGUCUCAUUCUCUCUGUCGACGGGGGUCCAGAUAGUGUUUACCGCAGUAACCUUGAUGCUCAAGAAAGCGGUCUAAAGAUGAUCCAUAUUCCAGCAAGGGAGAACGUCGGUAUUGGCUCUGCUUACCUACAGAUUAUUUGCUCUCCCCGAGAUCUUGAACUGUUCUGUGUGAACUGGACAGUUCGGCUUCCCCAACACCAAGCAAUCAGUUGGCUCCCACGAAUUUAUCCGGGGUUUACCAGCCCGAGUGACCGUGUUAGACAUCACCUCCGACGAACAUUCGAAAAAGUGGAGGCUGUAUCAGUCUCACGUAUUGAGCGUUCUCGUGGCUACGAAAUGGAGGAACCGGGAAUUGAUGGCUCGAAGAAGCCUGCAGACAAAAGUGCCGUUGCUGUUGUCGCGGACCUACCUGAUGAGGACAAACAGCCAUUGGAUGGUUGCACAAGUGAGAGCAUUCCAAGAUCAGAUAACAUUAUACAGAAGAUGAGACUCGUCUUCAUAUGCGCUCUCUAUGUUCUGGGGACCAUUUUAGCGUUCUGGCUCAACAAUACCAUCAUUGAUGCUGUGGCUUCGCCAACUAAGGCAACACCCACUGUUGCCGAUUUGGCUGCGGAAAGCCUUAACAUGAGUCAACCGACGACAGUACGUUGGCCAAGCUACAUCAGUCAGCCCGAUAUGUCAUGGGAAGGCAAUUCUAAAGAUGAUCCAACGCCAGGAGUCAGUAUUUCUGUGGAGGCGAACGAAGAGGUAACAAUGGUUGCUGAGACCACGAAAGUGGGCCACGAGUCUACGAGGUCGGCACCAGCUGCACCGCAAAGCCCUGAGUCACUGCAAUCUGAACAUGAGUUGACUUUUCGGGAUAGGAUUGAUUACUGGCUUGGAUGGCGGGGCCCAGUGGAAAGCGAGAUCCACGGCGAGACUGUCGCAUAA